UGUUGACCAGUCGAUUUUUUGGUGGGAGGGUGCCUUUCCAACGAUGUUCAGUAACUUCAGGAAGAUGCAUGGAGAACCCAACAUCCAUUGAAGUGGACUUUGGCCUCUCGCAUGGUGAAAAAGAUGCCCCAACGUCUCGAGGCAUCUUUGACCACGCGAAAGAAGCGAGGCCGCAUGGCCGAAGCUCAGACCGUGCAGCCGGAGAGCCUGGGUGGGCAACGCUUCCGGUCCAUGUUGCCGGUCCUCGCUUGGGCGCCGCCCACUGGCACCUUGCGUGUGGAAAGCGCCACCUCCUGCUGCCACGUGGCCAUUGGACGGGUGGACGUGCUGGCGGAUGGCAUCCGGCUUGGUGAGACUGUCGUCAACGAGGGCCUGGCAGAGCUAGAGGUCUUGGUGCCACCAAGAGAGUUGGAGGCCGCCUUCCAGAUGAGCGGCCGGCCCUUGAUGCAGCUGAAGUUGGACUUUAGACCUGGGGAGGAGCGGAACGUGAGCGAGGAGAUCCAAGUGAAGGUUCCCGUGGGAGUCUACAUCUACAUGACACCCAUCAUCCUCGAGGACAGCAAGCUCCAGCCAGAGAUGAUGGUCUUUGUAUGUGCUCAUCGCCGAGACAUUCCGGACGACGGCCAACCCUUCAAGGGCCUAGCAAGAUGGCAUGGCGGGGAAGUCCGUCUUGAUGCCUGGCGCCCUGUGGAGCUUGGAGCUGACGAGUGUCUACAGCUCUUGAGCUCAAUGCGCUUCGAGCCUGACCUGGGACCCGGACGCGCCUGGAGCCCCGUGGAGUGGGAAGAUACCUCCACAGAGGAUUGCAAAGCAUGCCAGUUUCAACGUCUCAUUACACCAGUGCGGGUCCGGAGGCCAAGGAUGGAUUGGAAUGAUCAGUGGACUGAUCCCUCAAAACCGGUGAACGGAGGGUCCGGGCCCGUAGCCGCCUUCGGCCACUGAACGGUCCGGGUCGCACCACUUCCCCAUCCGAUCCAAGUCCGAGUCCGAUUUCUGCCUUCCAGUGGAUGUUUGAGGGCCAAAAGUCAGUCUGGGGGCCUGUGACCCUGGCGGAGCGACCACCGAUUGGACCACCGCAACGGGUAUAGCCGGAAGACCAAUUGGACCGGCCGCUUGAAGCAGCUCGCAACUCACCAUCGACCCAGAAGGGCGGCCCGACCAUGGGACAGAUUUGAAGAUGAAAAAGGACGUUCAAACGUGAAGCCAGUUUCUGGAGAGUGUCAACACAGUCAGAAGCAACAAAAAUCUUCCUGGGUGCGAGCAGCUGUUUGUUCUUGGUACUGUACUCUUUUGUGUGAAACGUGGGGAGAGAUGGAAGGCACUGCGGUCACUUCCAAGUGUGCACCCAAAGAUCCUGAAUUGGAAAAAAUACUAAACAAAGGGGUAAUUGGCUAGUCGUGCGGAAGGUUUUGGACAAGACCUGAACACGUAGAACAAGCCACACCUUCCGACGGAGCUUUGCAAAAAGUAUGUCAUUGGGGCAUGGCAUGGUUGUCAACUGUCAAGGUAGGGAACAUUGUCAAUGCAUCAUGAGGAACUAGUCUUUUCGUCGAUUCCGGCACCCAUGUGACUCCCGAAAUCAGUGGGUGUCAAAAGAAAGGGCAAUUCGCGGCAAGUUCUGC